GUCUUUUAAAAUCAUUAAGAACAAAUAAGAAUAUUUGCAGGGAUUUUCAGUGCAACAUCGUGUCCAGAUGGAUUUGAGCCACACCAUGGCUCCUGCUAUUUUUCAGCCACGAUAAAGAAACAUGGACAGGAGCCUAUCAAUCUUGUAAAAUCUUCGACGCAAUGCUGGUUGAGGUCAAUUCCGCCGACGAAGACGCUUACCUAUCUUCGAAAGGACGAACCCUCGGAAAUUAUUGGUAUAUUGGACUGAGUGACAAACUAGUUGAGGGAGAAUAUAUCUGGGAGUCUAGCUUACAGGUACUGACAGGUGAUGCGUUCUUUAACUGGGGUGUUGGGGAGCCAAACGGUGCUGGGGAUGAAGACUGUGUUGUUUACGCACCAUCCAAAAACUAUCAAUGGGCAGACGUUAUUUGCACCCGGACAGAACACUACAUAUGUGAAAAGAGCGCAGACAACGAACAGAUAGUCGGCUGACGAGACACUGUUUUACAACUUGCUUGUAGUAAACAAAGUAAUAAAUAAACUAUGAAUGAUA